UCUCUCUCUCUCUCUCUCUCUCUCUCAAUCAACCAACUUCUCCAUUUCAAACUACCCAUCAAAUAUUUGACAGCAAUACAACCAACAACAACUAACAUUUUAAACCAAUCUAAAACCCUUUUAAUUUUCCAUGUGUAUCCAAUGAUUUUCUUCCUGUAAAAAUAGGAAAUAUGGAAUAAUUAUUUGUAGAUGGAGACACAUAUAGAGCUAGCAGAGGAAGCAAAGAGCAAAGAAGGUCAACAAAAAUUUGAGGUGGAAGAAAUUUAGAGUGCUCUUCUUAUCAAGAUUCUUCGACUAUAUGAGUUCAUGCAGCUGCAAAAACAAAUUAAGAAAUCAUCAUAUGAAGCUGUAGAUGCCAUGGCGCAUCCACAUUAUCGAUCGCAGUUCGGGGACACAACGUUUACAAAAGUGUUUGUCGGAGGGCUAGCUUGGGAGACACCAACUGAUGAAAUGCGCAGAUAUUUUGAGCAGUUUGGGGAGAUUCUUGAAGCUGUUAUUAUUGCCGACAAAAAUACUGGAAAAUCUAAAGGCUACGGAUUUGUGACAUUUCGUGAUCCUGAAUCGGCAAGGAGGGCUUGCGCUAAUCCAAACCCUGUCAUCGACGGAAGAAGAGCAAAUUGUAACAUUGCUUCAUUGGGACGACCACGACCUUCUCCCCCGAGAGGAAGAAACCAAGGCGCCACUCCAUACCAGGGAAAUGCACCCCAGGCUGCACAGUCCUACGGCGGAGUGCCCCCAUUACCGCCACCACUACCGCCAUCGGCUCCUAUAAUAUAUCCAUCGUACAGCUACCCAACCUACACUCCUGCAGAUUAUGGGUACCACCAACAGGCUAUGUACAACCCACAAGUGCAUCAACAACCUCAGUACUACCCUCAAGUGUAUGGAUCAUCACCAUCUUCACCAAUGGGCACUCCAUAUUACUAUCAUGGCUAUUCUUUUCAAUCUCCAAGUCCAAGGGGAACAUUUUCUACACCCCAGGCGCAUCGUAUGCCCGGCCCUUCGUAUCUCUACUAUCCUACGCACAACAUGGAACCCUCGUUCUCCAGCUCCUAUCCUAAUCCUCCACUCCUGCAACCACCCCCCACCUCAAGGCAUAAUCCUCCUAAUUUUACCUCUCCUUUACCUGAUUCUCAGAAUCCGCAAUAUGCCUCAACCGAAACAGAAGCUGGAGUUGUUACUUCAGAAAGCACUCCAGAUGCCUAAAAAGACUCGUUGACAAAUACAUGAUCUGAUGAAAAGAAUUCAGUUGUAUAAACUUUAUGAUUAAAAGUUAUUAUGCUCUUCAUGAAUUGAUCCUUACGUUUCUGACAUUUCUGCUGUCACUCACUCAUAAAAUUCUUUUUGGGUCGAAAUCUGUAACAUUAGGUGACUAUUGCUUUAAGAUUUUGUGUGCUCUGCACAGAUAUUGCAAGAAAGAGAUGAUCAACUAAUCAUUCACA